GGGCAGGUUGGGACCGCCUCAGUACAGGCCGCCGGCGGUAUCAUGGUGACCCGGAACCCCCCUCCCCAAGAAUAUGAAAGUGAUGAUGAUUCUUACGAAGUGUUGGAUUUAACUGAGUAUGCCAGACGACAUCACUGGUGGAAUCGAGUGUUUGGCCACAGUUCCGGACCUAUGGUAGAAAAAUACUUGGUAGCCACCCAGAUUGUAAUGGGUGGAGUGAGUGGCUGGUGUGCCGGAUUUUUGUUCCAGAAAGUUGGAAAACUUGCAGCAACUGCAGUAGGUGGUGGCUUUCUUCUCCUUCAGAUUGCCAGUCACAGUGGCUAUGUGCAGAUCGACUGGAAGAGAGUGGAAAAAGAUGUAAACAAAGCAAAAAGACAGGUUAAAAAACGAGCAAAUAAGGCAGCACCUGAAAUCAAUAACAUAAUAGAAGAAGCAACAGAAUUUGUCAAGCAGAACAUUGUGAUAUGCAGUGGAUUUGUGGGAGGCUUUUUGCUAGGCCUUGCAUCUUAAGAAUAUGAAUGUUGUAUCACAGUGAAGUCACCUCUGAGAAGAGAAGUGGUGGUGACAAGAUGGUCUCAUCAUUACACAUUGACAGAUUCUCCAGGAUGACAAGAAACCACUAGCUGGACAAUACCCAACUCACUGCUUAGCAUUUUGCCAUCUGAAAUUUAGCAGACUAGUAUCUGCUAUAAAAUAACCUGUAUGGUAUGUGGAUAAUAGUAUCCCUGAGCAAAAUAUGGCUUUCAUUAUUUUUUAA